AUGUCGGGAACACCAAAAGUACUUAAAGAGUAUCUCGAACUUAUUUCUUCGCCGUCUCACGAGACAUAUAUUGAUCAAGACGAGAGAGGCAUGGAUAGAAUUUUCAAUCACCCAGAUAUACAAUAUUUCAAGAAUAUUAAGGCCAAAAAUCACUACAACUAUCAUAAAUUAAAGAACAAAAAUAAACACAGACCAGAAACUAGCAUUAUAAAAUCACCAGCAUUUGAUCCUUACAGUAGAGAAUAUUUAUUGAAGCGGUUAUCUACGUUCACAGCUCUAAAUUGGCAUAUUCCAUUGUCUAGUGAUCAGAGCGAUAUAAAUGAACUUUCAUGUGCCAGAAAUGGAUGGAAAUGUGUUUCUAUUUCGGCCAAUAAUAAUACAAAGAACCAUCUUUUGUGUACUUCAUGUAACCAUCAACUAAUCCUCAAGUUUAAUGACAUAAAUUCACCAUCUACCUUUGUACCGUUUGACUUUGAUAUCGAAGACUACCAGGAGCUAAAUAAAUCAUUGGUCAGUGAAUACUCUAAACAAAUAAGAAAGUUUGGACAUAGCUCAGAUUGUCCGUGGAUAAAUUUUGAGACCCCGUUGGAAGGUGUAUAUUACCCACGACCUUUCAUAAAUAGCACUAACGAAUUACUUACAAAUGAAUAUUUGAAAAAUUUAAAGAAUUUGGCUAGUAAUUUGGAUGUUCUCAAUAGCACGUCGGGAGUGUUUAAAGAUGCCUUGUUUAAUGAAGAAGAGAACCCAAAGUUCUCCGAUUUCAUAAAAAUUUCAAAGAAUUGGUUGUUAAAUCGCUAUUUUAAAGAUAAUAAGGAGAACUUUUUCAAUUUGUUGGAAAGAGUUCCGCAGUGGGUUUAUAAAGUAGCAGUUCUAGGAUGGGGUUUGCAUAUUCAAUCGUUUUCGAAUCAUUUGGUGCUCUUAUUGAUAUGCUCCAAAUGCAACAAGAGAAUAUUUUUGAACUCAGUGUAUCAUGAACCGAUCGAAAAAAAUAAUUUAAUAGCAGCUACAGAUCUUGGUAUAAAUUUACCUUCUUCUGGAGUUUUAACUCCAUGUAAAUUUCCUCCUUUGAUACUGGGUAAAGAUGAGCACCAUGAUACCUUGUAUACUGAUUCGGGGCCCGAUGAGUCAGAACUUGAUGGUUGGGAUAAAGACAAAAUAGAUUUGGUGGAAGAGCAUAAGUCUUGGUGCUGUAAUAUUAAGUUAAUUGAUGGAUCUACAUCGCUUUACCAAUAUUAUAUCAAUAUAGUCACAAAUUCUGGGAACAUUCAUAAUGAAGGCACAUUUUACACUCAAUAUGAUAUUGAUGUAAGUAAUAUACUUAAUUCGGCACAUAAAAGAAAACAUAGUUUUGACAUUAACGAAGGAUUGGACAAGUUCCACAAACUUCGAAAAUUGUAUUUAGUGGACGAUGAUAUAUAA